UUUAUUAAUUGCGGGGUCUCGGGUCGGCGUUUAGCGUUGCAAACGGCACAAGAUUAGUUUAAGAAACGCAUGCAAAAACAAACGAAAAUAUGUAAAAUACGUAAAGUGCAAACGUUAACAAGAUAUGUUUUAAAGCAACGGUACAAACAAGUGAUUAAGUUAUAUUGUGUUUUGCAAUAAAGUGUUUUGUGUUGUUUGCGCCGGCUGGACGAAAAAAAAAUAAAUUACAAAUUAAUUUUCGACAAACUGCAGCUAAGAAAAGAGUGACAAAUAUUUUAUGGCUGCCUGGCCUUAGCUUAAAGACUGAAACGUACGACAAGCAAUAUAUAGUAACUAAUGUAGCAUUUGUUUUUGUUUAUAUCGCUGCACAAUUAACAAAAAAGAAAAAGUGAAACAGGCCAUGAGCUAUUAGCAGGGAAUCAGUGGUAUACGUGCACAAAACAGACGUCGCGCUCACAGCCAUCAGGAGUUGGAGGUGGGGGCUGGUGUUAGCAUUUGUCUUUGUGGUUGUUCUACUUGUUGUUGUUGGUGUUGUCGCCUCGUUGUUUUUGUUUGACAUACAAAGCACGCGGCGUGCCGCUUGUGCAAAAGGGCGGGAAGACUAAAUUAAAAAACGUUUGGCAUUAACAGUUACGUUGUGUUAGUUUUCUUUUUUGUGUUACAAUUCGCGUUAUUUUGCGAACUCGCGGCCUCACAAUUGAGCGGCAGCGGCAAUGUCCAAGCCGGGCGAGCACAGACGUGUGCCCUUUACCACAAUCAGCACUCAACGCAGCAGCAUUAGUAACAAUGAUGCUGGAUUUGGUGCUAUGCCGUCAAGCUUCACCAGAUUUGGUGACAUUAUGGAGACUGAUCCACUGCAGAACAGCAACAAAGGCGGCAAACCGGCGGACACAAAAACAGUGCGUCUGGAACUGGAAUUGUUUGAAACAGACAGCAAUAGAUAUCCAGAGUUUAACUAUUCCAAGCUAGUGUAUCUGGAGAAGAAAAAAGCGAAAAUGCUUAAGACAAAGGUGGCCAGCAACCCGGAUCCCUUUGCUGAUAAUGAUGAUGAUGUGGAGCGCAUAGCCAAGGAGCUGGAAGCCAAGUAUGGCAACUCCUAUGCGCGUGGACGUGGACGGCGUAGAAAGGAUGAAUUUUGUGAUAUUGGCAUGGGUUACGAUGAAUCUGAUUCCUUUAUAGACAAUACUGAAGCGUACGAUGAAAUUUUACCUGAAGAGGUAGAAACUUUGGAGGGUGGCUUUUAUAUAAAUUGUGGCGCAUUGGAGUUUAAAAAUCUUCAGAAAAAAUCACACACAAGGCGCACAGAUGCCAUUAUCAAAAUGCCCGAGCGUUCGCGCAAGCGUAUUCUGUCCACUAGCUCAGAGGAUUCAUCCGAUUCCUCGUCAGAAUCUUCCACAGAAACAGAACAAGAGCCAGGGGCACACGCGUCAAAGAAUAAAAAGAACAAUGCCAACGAUGAUAAUGACGAUGAAGCUGAGGAUGAUGAUGAUGACGACGAGGAUACCAGCGAUAGCGACAGCGAAAGUCUGAACGAUACAGACAGCGAAAGUGAAAGUCUGGACGAUGAUAAUGAGAGCGGCACUUCCACGCAAGUCAAAAAUAAGUUGAAGGGAGACGACGAUGCUGAGCAACGCAAGUCGACUUCAACUGUUAAGAAAAGACCAAGCAGCGUUAAUGCCAAGAAAUCGAGUAGCAAGCUAACCAGCACUACAUCCUCUUCUUCCAACUCACCGCGACCCAGUGCACAUAAUUCCGAUGCUGAGGAACGACAAGCGCAAGCGUUAAAGAAAGUGGUCAAGACCACAACAGUUAAGGAUAUGUUAAAAGCCAAACGGGAUAGCUUUCUCAAAUCUCAGGGUCAGGAUGGCGCUGUUAAAUUACCCAAUGGUGAGAUCAAGGUUACGUCCAUUAAUGUAGAAUCUAGCAGCGACGACGAUAAUACGGAUUCAGCUAGCGAGCACAGCAAAGCUGACAAGCAGCCCAAAGGCGUUGACAAUCUACGACCCGCCGAUACUAUACUGCCCGCCACGCUUGAUAAAGAAAUUGUGGCGUUAAUAAACAACUUUAAGGAAAUAGUUAGAAGCAGAGAUUUGUGUGGCAAACGAUUUAGUUUUGAUAGCAACCUAACAGCGCUGCUGCUCAAAAUAUACGAAGCGCUGCUCUGCACGGAACGCAACGAACGUAAUAUGGUAUUUGCCCAUUUGGAAUAUCAAUUGCAGCUGCCCAAGUAUUUUAUAUUGCGAAAGGCCAAGGUACUGCGCGCGCGUGAGGAGAAAAUCAAGACCUCAAUUGCUUUGGAUAAGCUACGCAAAGCAGUGACCGAGGCAAUGCCCAAAGCGGUGGCCAACUAUGAGCUAGAACUGCAUAAGUUUGCUGAGCUAGCCUCAGCGGAUGUGAACGCGGAGCAUCCACCGGAAAUGCCCAUCAAAAAGUUUCAAUGGACGCCCGAGUUGCGUGAGCGUCUCUAUGAGGUUUAUCAGGCACGCUGGACAUCGUAUGUUGUGCUAGGGAAGCGUAAGGAUUCAUUGGAGCAGUUUAUUACCGGUUAUUUAAAGGAUAAAAUAUUGGAUGUGUGGGCUGCAGGUUGGAUGCGUAUUGAAGAGCUGCAGCGUGAAAUCGAAAGACAUAAAAAUUCAAGCAAAAAGUUAAAGUCGCGAAAGUCAACACCAGCUGUAAUAAUGACACCACCAACAGUUGCUGCAGCACCAACAACACCAACACCACCACCAAUAACAACAACAGUAGCAGCACCAGCAGCAGCGAUAACAACAGCAACAGCAAAUAACUGUGUUAAGGAUGAGCUUGUUUUACUCAAUGGACAAAGUCGUUCGCGUGCCAAUUCUGAUACAGACUCAGUUAAAAGUGCCUCUUCUCAGAGCUUAAAGCGCAAGUUGGAUAAUGGAGCAGCACAGCCCAAGCCCAGCGCUAAGCCGCCUAAAAUUAAAUUUCAAAAGCAGCUGGCCGCCACUUUGGCGCAAAUGGCCAAGGCAAAUAGCCCAACGCCGCCACCGCAGCCAUUGCAGCCGACGCUGCCAACGCCAACACCUGUUAGCAUAGAUCAACUAUCGCUGCCUGAUAUAACUAACUAUCUAAUGCAGUUUGAUGAACAGCUGACGAUAACAACGCAGCAGCUGCAGCAGCAGCCAAUAGAUGCCACCAAGAGUAGCUUGAAACGCAAGCUGGAAAAAGCUGCCACCGCAGCGCCAUUGCGUCAAAACUCCAAGCCGCCUAAGAAAAAGUUUCAACAGCAGCAGCAACAGGCAUCUCCUCAGUUGGACACAUUCUUAGGACAACCCAGCACCUCAGCACAGGCAGCAGCUUUAAAUGCAGCCGCUGUGGCUGCAGCAGCGAGCAUGCUAGAGCUGGCCUCGCCCACGAAACAAACGGAUCAUAGCAUUUACAGCAUCAUGACGGCAGCCAUAAGCGCCGCGACGACAUCCACAACAAUGAACAUCAAUCCCAGCAUCAAUAGUCAAGUUCAACAUUCCACAGCAAGCGUGCUAACGGGAGCUAAACCCAUAGCCCAUGUUAUAAACUUAGAUGACUAUAAAAGUCCCAGCGAUAUAUUGCAAACGUCUAAGCAACUGGCAGCAGCCAAGUGGCCAGCCACUGUCCUGCCGUCUGCAGGGCCAACGCCAGUGGUGCGUUGUGAAAGCAGCAGCGAAUCCGAUGGCGUUGAGAUUGUCAGUGUGUAUACAGCCAAGCCACAGAAACAGUCCAAGCCUAGAAACAAGACACAGCAUAAGUUUAAAGGCUCGACGGCAGCGCCCACUGUCAAUGGACUCAAUGGUGCCUUGGGCUAUGCUUUGGAAAAUAUGUAUGUUUAUAAUAACAAUAAUAACAACAACAAAAACAAUAACAACGCAAGCAAUAGUAAUAUCAAAACCAAUGCUGUUAAUAGCGUUAUACGCACGACAGUUGGCAACAACAUUAAACGCGCCUCACAAAUUGGCUACGAUCUCAGCCGUGAUCCACAAUUAAUGCAACAGUUAUCGGAGCUAUCAGCAUUGGAGAAGCAAUUGAAGUGGACGCCACAAACAUAUUUGAGCAAUGCAGGCGCAGGCGCUGCGAGCAGCAGCUCCACAACCAAUCAAUGACAUACGGC